AUGGUUCCAUCUGAUGCUCCCUCUCAUCAUAAUAUGAGAGAGAAUCCUCGAAAUCCUUACCGUCCGAACCCACAAGAAGAAGAAGAAGAAGCAGCAGCAGCAACAGAAGAUCUGAGGCUCUCUCUUUGCGACCUUCCACUCGAUCCCAAAAACGGCAGGGGCGACGACAACAACACCGAAAAUGAUUCCAAACGCUUGUCCAACCACUCUCCACGAUCGCACUCUGAGCCCCCGGCCGAUUUCUUCGAGUUUUUCAGCGACCUCAACUCCGACAUGUGUCCAGCCGACGACAUCUUCUUCUGCGGGAAACUCAUACCCUUCAAAGAACAGUCUCCUCCCACUACUCGUCAAACCCCCAAAAUAUCAACCACCGAAAGAAACUAUAUAAAACAAACCCAUUUCCGCCGACGAUAUUGCCAGCCAUUGUCCAAGCUACAUAGCCCCAUAACUCGUUCCAACAGCAGUAGUAGCACUAGUAAACUCAUGACGAGGAACAGUCACGCUUUGGAUUAUAGGAAGCUCCACCGAAGAUCACACUCCAUGAUAUCUCCGACACCUGAAGUAGAACGGAAUAUAUCGGUAAAGAGCCUGGGAAGGUCCGAUACGGCUCUUAAAACGGCGGCAAAGCCUCGGUGGUACUUCUUGAUGUUUGGAAUGGUGAAGUUUCCGCCUGAGAUGGAGCUUGGUGAUAUGAAGAACCGGCAGGUUCGGAGGAAUCGUCCUUCGACGCUUUUUCCUGCGCCGCGUGAUGUUCACGGGAAGCUGCCGGUGCGCCGGAGCUCCAGUAAGGGGUUCUGGAGGUUGCUCAGAGCAUUGAGCUGCAAGGACCAUUCCAGUGUGGCGGUAACGGCGUCGUUUUGCUUUCCACAUGUGUGA